GUCAGGAUGUCUCGAAGUAGCCCUACCUACCAGGGGGAGGGGCUUAGAUUGGGCCCCGCCCCCUCUUCUUGCCUCUUUGAUUCUCUUCAGAAGGCGAGAAGGGGGCGUGGCUUGAGGAAGUGACUUCAGCCACCGCCGGCUGCAGUCGCGGAGAAGCGGGAGAGGAGCGCCUUCAGGACCUUCUUGGCGCCAUGGCUUCCACUGCCACUGCCAGGGUCUUCUCUCUGGGGGCGGCCAUGGGUCGCGCCGCUGCAGCUUCUUGCGCCGCCUCCUCCUCGUCGUCAAGCAGCUUAAAGGCAAAUCCCUUCUGCACGCUGGCUCCUCAGCAGCCCUCCGCCCCGUUGGAUAUGAAGAGCUACCUGUGGAAGCGCUACAACGAGGCCAAGAAGGUGACCAAAGCUGUUGAUCCCACCUUUCAGGUCUUCAGAGGUAGAUUGGGAUAUAUGGCUCGGUAUGAAUCCAAGCAUGGGCCCCCAGUUCUCACCUGAUUUAGUCCCUUCAAUCAUGAGUAACUUACUGAAUCCAGAUGCAAUUUUUUCCAACAAUGAAAUGAGUCUUUCUGAUGUAGAAAUCUACGGCUUUGAUUAUGACUACACAUUGGUCUUCUAUUCCAAACAUUUGCAUACAUUGAUCUUUAAUGCAGCACGAGAUCUUUUGGUUAAUGAACAUCGGUAUCCUGCAGAAAUUCGUAAAUACGACUACGAUCCAAAUUUUGCAAUAAGAGGGCUUCAUUACGAUGUACAUCGGGCAUUGUUGAUGAAGAUUGAUGCCUUUCAUUAUAUUCAGUUGGGAACAGUGUACAGAGGAUUGAAUGUGGUCCCAGAUGACGAGGUCAUUGCCAUGUAUGAUGGGUCCCAUGUCCCCUUGGAACAAAUGAGUGAUUUCUAUGGAAAGAGUUCACAAGGUAACACAAUGAAGCAGUUCAUGGAUAUCUUCUCCUUGCCUGAGAUGACACUCCUUUCUUGCGUGAAUGAAUACUUCCUGAAAAACAACAUAGACUAUGAACCAGUUCACCUCUACAAAGAUGUGAAGGAUUCGAUCAGAGAUGUCCACAUCAAAGGAAUAAUGUACAGUGCAAUUGAAGCAGAUAUUGAGAAAUACAUUUGUUAUGCGGAGCAAACACGUGCUGUACUAGCAAAGUUGGCAGAGCAUGGCAAGAAGAUGUUCCUCAUCACUAACAGUCCUAGCAGCUUUGUAGACAGAGGCAUGAGGUUUAUUGUUGGGAAGGACUGGAGGGAUCUCUUUGAUGUUGUCAUUGUCCAGGCUGACAAACCAAAUUUCUUUAAUGAUAAGAGAAGACCCUUCCGUAAGGUAAAUGAAAGAGGUGUUUUGCUUUGGGACAAAAUCCAUGAAUUGCAGAAAGGCCAAAUUUACAAGCAGGGCAAUUUAUAUGAGUUCCUGAAACUGACUGGCUGGAGGGGCUCCAAAGUCUUAUAUUUUGGUGAUCAUAUUUACAGUGAUCUUGCAGAUUUGACCUUAAAGCAUGGUUGGCGAACAGGUGCAAUUAUUCCAGAGUUACGGACAGAGAUUAAGAUCAUGAACACAGAGCGAUAUAUUCAGACCAUGACCUGGCUGCAAACUCUCACUGGAUUACUGGAACACAUGCAGGUUCACAAGGAUCCGGACUCUCAGCUGAUUUUACAGGAGUGGAAGAAGGAAAGGAAGGAAAUGAGGGAGCUGACCAGAAAUUUCUUCAACUCUCAGUUUGGAAGCUUAUUCAGGACUGACCAGAACCCGACCUAUUUCUUAAGACGCUUGUCACGCUUCGCUGACGUUUACAUGGCAUCACUGAGCUGCCUUUUGAACUAUGACCAUGACUACACUUUUUAUCCAAGGAGGACUCCUUUGCAGCAUGAACUUCCGACUUGGUCAGACCAGCUAUGCACUGGUACAUUCAGAAUACCUUUUCUGCAAGAGAUGAUUCAGAUUAAAUAAUUUUUCUUCUUUCUCCUGUUUCACUUCACUUUCUGCAAUGUCAAACCUUACUAUCCCCUUUCCCCAGUGGCUCAAUAGGGUGAAGUAUAUUUAUCGUUAACAUCAAUGUAUCUUUAAAAGCAAUGUUCUCUUUAGUAAUAGCAAUUCUUACUCCUACACCCAUGUACUCUACAUCCAUAUAUAGAGCCAAUAUUUGUUUAACUCUGAGAUUGGAGUUAUUCAGCCCUCCAGAUAUUUUUGGACUGCAAUUCCCAGCAGCCCCAGCUAGAAUACCGCAUGGUGGGAGAGGGUGAAGAAUCAUAGAAUCAUAGAAUCGUAGAGUUGGAAGAGACCUCGCAGGCCAUCCAGUCCAACCCCCUGCAAGAAGCAGGAAAAAAAGCUGGGAGUUAUCUGGAAGACCAUGAUUUCAACCCUGGUUUAGCUUGUCUGUCAUCUUGAAUUUACUGAGAAUUGAUGGGAUUGCACUGAGAGAAAAUGGAUCUCAUCUCGUACCUGACUAAUUGAUGGACAGAAAUCAAAUUUUAAUAUUUUGAUAUAUGGUUUACAAAGCCUGAUAUAUUUGUUUUGUAUCCGCUAAUUGGAAGAAUAUUGCUUCAGAUUUGAUGCCUAUCUUGAAUUCUGAUUCAGUUAGCUAAGUGAGUUGUUUUGAAGGCGUAGGGGGAAUUUUUCAUGUUUGUUCAUGUUUUGGGUGGCAGAAGAAAUAGGUAUACUGUAUGUAACAUUUGUGAAAUCUAAAAUUAUUUUAAAUUUUUAAAAAUGUUGAAAGAGUUUUCCCAAGAAGUAUAUCAAAAUGGACAUUUGUAAUAUGUCCUGUUAACAUUGAUUGAAUGAGUCUAGAUGUAGUUGGAUUAUAUACCUCCUGAACUGGGGUCCAAACGCACAAAUUAACAUGUCUGAUGCAGUUAUAAAAUGAAACUCACAUUUUUUCAUUUGAUUAUACUUAUAGUUGUUUGAAUGCAAUGUGAGCAAGGGAGCUACCAUCUGCUGUACUCUGAUAAACACAAGCACAGUAGUUUUGCAAAAAACUACCUUUGCAAAAAGGAAGAAAAAUAUCAAACACAUAGGCAUAGUAAUAUACAAAAAGGAAAGAUAUAUAAUUAUACUACAGAAUGCCAAAAAUGAAGUAAGUUUUCCAGUGUGCACUCAAAUGUAGUAUCUGUCCUAUUUGUAGUAUUACACAUACUAUGGCAAUAUCGAAAGAUAUUGUAUAAAGACAUAGCACCGUGCACUUUACUUGUAUGUCACAAUUGCACAUUGCCAUUCAGGGCUGUAAUGCAUCAUGGAGUUAAGUCUGUGGUGUACAGGAAUUGUUACUAAUACUCUGCUAUAUCCUUGGCGCAGGCCCUGUUUAAUUCAAUGCAUUUUGCUUCUGGGUCAAUAUGUAAAGGAUUGCAUUGUAAAUGUUCUAGAAGUGCCUUCAUAUGAAAUAUUUGUUUGGAAAAGCAGCAGUCAAACAUGCAAAGCAAGUGUUAGGAAACAUGGUGCUUAUCAUUGUGAAGCAGAGCAUACUUUCUAUUUCUAAAGGUUUUCCCUGAACUGUCCCAUCUCUGAAUCCCAACCCACAAAUGGAUAUAGUUCAUUUGCUCUUAAGUAGUAUAGUUAGAAGCUGGUUUAUAGCUCAACCCUAUACAUAUUUAUUUAGAAAUAAGCCCUACUGUGAUCAGUAGUUAGGAACACAACUUGAUUUCCACUACUUUUAAAAUUUAUGGUCAUUGUAUUCACUCCUUGAAUGACUAUCACAUAUUAGACUUUUGCCUAAAUUGAAUAGAAUGAAAUUUGUUGAUCCCCUUAAUAAUACGUUAUGGAUUAGCUUAGUAAUGUGCUCCUAUAUAAAAACAGCUCUUAUUAAAGCAGGUAGGUAUACACAUUUUGUAUACUGAAAUUAGAAUGUCGUUGCUUUAAAUAUGCCCUAUGGAUAGAAAGCAUCUUUCACUCACAGAAAGAUUCCAGGUGAGAUUUUCCAUCCUAUGGGUUUGCAGAGGCUUUUUCUUCAGAUCAUUUUAGUUGCCCAUUAGUGCUUUGUAAGCUAUAUUGUGCAUUUUUCUUAUCCGCAGUUGUAUUUUUCUUGUUUUUAAACAAUUCAUUCUCUUAAUUAAAAAUAUAUGGUCACAAAGAGGCCUAUGAAAAUGCAUAAGGAGGGCAUGAGUACUAGUAAUUUUAAAACCUGUUCUCUAACAAGAGGUAAGAUUGGGACUAACUAGCCAUUCUCCUCAAAUGUGUUUAAUUAUAUCAUUAAAAUAUGAUCUUGGAUCCAUGUCUAAAAAGCUGUCACUAGCCAAAAUUCUACUGUUAAUCCUUGAGCUUUCAGGGGACGAGUUUCUUGGAAGAGUAUUCCAACUGAUACCUUUGUUUCUUUUGAAAUUAGCGAUCUUCAGAUAGCAAGGAAAUGAUAAGUAACUGUAUUUUAAAGGUGGGAAGUUAAUAAGCCAAUUUAAAUGGCAUUGUAGAAUAAUUUAGAGAUAAUUUUGGAAUGACCCAAAUCCCAAUACUCGUCUUGUAAUCUAUAAUGUCAGUUCCCUCUAAGAGGGAAGGGCUUUUAUAAUGAUGCAUAUGAAAUAUAAGUUGUAUAAGUUUCUAAAAUACUUAAAAUUAAAAGACCAACUAAAGUCACAGUCCUAAAACUACAGAACCCAAGUAGUUAAUAACUAUCUGUUGGAGGCCUCUCAUUGAUCUAGAAGUCUGAACUGUCUUGAUAGCACAUAACAACAACAGACCAUAACAUAUUACAGAUUGGGUAUACCAAUUCAACUACUCUAUUUUAGUAGUCCUUAAAAUAUUUUUAAUUUUCCAUGUACUUUGGUAAACCUUUUUAUAAGAAAAAUACCAAGAACUGUUCUCAUUUCAUUUUUAGGAAAUAAUUUGGUUCCUCAAAUGCUGGUCAGGUAAAUGUGUGUUUCAAGUUUGUCAGCAUUUCUGUGUAUGUGAGAAUGCAGUUAUAUUGAUAGAUUUCUGAAUUUUGUAUUGCAUAAUUUAAAAACAGCCUGCUGGCAUGGCUUUAUUUUGUCCAAUAUUUCAUCCCCUUGGAAAAGACUUCUGAGGAGGGCUGAGAUAAAGUUUCACUUGGAGGCUUCAAUCCUCUUGAGAAAAAUCUUUAAUUCGCCACUGAUUUAACUACUAUUUUGACAUCGGUGUUCUGUUUUGAAUAUCCUUGAACUGUUGGGGAGCAUAUAGUAAAUGUAAUGUUGGAAAUAGAGAAAGCGAAUUGGAAGAAACUAGGUGCUUACGUCAUGAAGGGCAGAUAAAGCUUGUUUAACGUGAGGGUAAUGCUUCCAAUGCUGGUCACAUGGGAAAGCUGAAUUCAAAUAUGAAAUGCUUUAGGCAGCCUUUUCAUUUAGACCACAUUGCACAGCAUGGUAUUGGAAUGUACCUCCCUAUUUGACUCAGCCCUUCUUUUGAAUUCUCCAAAAUGCUAGACCUGGAGCACAAUGGUAUUUUUGUAUGCGGAAGGCUUUGAUAGUGUCUUUCAGUGUUGCUGGACUGUUAAAUAUUGUUUGCUUAUAAAUAUCAUACUUGAAAUGCACUGCAUGACUUCUACAGACUACCAUACUGCUCUUGUUAGAAAAAUACCCUCUUCUGACUCACUGGCAAAUUGUGUCAAAAUAAGUUAAUAUCUAUUUUGUUGCUUUAAAAACCAAGGAUGAGGAGAAACCAAGCAGGAGCUGACAUUAUUGAAAUGAAUCAAUCACUCCUCAUGGCUCCUUUCAAAACUGUAUUUGCCUAAGACAUGAGUGUAAUACUAAACAUGCUACAAAAUGUUUGAAACAAAUUCAUAUAUAUAUAUAUACUGUACUAAAAAGUAUUGUGAAUAUUGUUAAGUUUUCAGUGUGUUCCAGAUCAAGACAUUGACAGUGUUGAGACUGUUUUUACAGAAAAGCUCUUCUGUUGCAGAAUAAAAACUUGAUAUCUUUGUCUAAAAUGCAUUGGUUAUCUGUUGGUGAUUGCUGCUACAUAUAUCAGCAUAGUAUAUUGUAAAAAGAAUUUGCAUGAAAAGUGACCAGCUGUGAGCUGACCUUCAUGUGAACAUUAAAACUACAGUAUUCCUAUUGUUGGUGUUACUGCUGUAAUUUACCUUUAUAUAACAUACUAGCCCUUUUGAGCAUUGAAAUCUGCUACCUGUAACCUCCUUGAUAUUGUGCCGUGUGGAUUUUUGUCAGUGUACUUGAUCCAAUACCAGGCACGAAGCAGCUGGGUCUUUAAUUUGUUGAGAAACAAACAGGAAUGAGAAUCUGAUGCAAAUGAAGGAGCAUCAAACCACCUUUUUUGUACCGGGGAAAACAUAUUUUAAUGUUACAGCAUUGUUAAUUUGUACACCAAUAAAUGUUUUGUCACAUUC